AAAUUAGCUCCACCCACACCUCUCCCAUGGCGGCAUCUCUCGACCUUCUACCCAUUUUCCUCGCCUCAUUUCCCCUAAUUUUCAUCCUCAUUUCUCUGUUUCACAGACGAAACCCACAUGGGAUUCCUUGGAAUUGGCCCAUUGUCGGAAUGAUCCCCACCGUCAUCGCCAAUAUCCACCGAAUCCACGACCGUAUAACCGAAAUCCUACAGGUCACCGGCUGCACUUUCCACUUCAAAGGCAUUUGGUUCACCAAAACAGGGUUCUUAAUGACCGUCGACCCCGCAAAUAUCCACCACAUUAUGAGCACCCACUUCGAAAAAUACCCAAAAGGGUCCGAAUUCAAGUACAUUUUCGAGGUUCUAGGCGAUGGAAUUUUCAACUCCGACGCCGAUUCAUGGAAGAACCAACGCAGAGUGGCGCAGUCUUUGAUAGUUCAUGAGAAAUUUCUUAAGUUCAUGGCCGGAGCUGCUCGGGAAAAGGUGGAGAAAGGGGUGAUUCCGGUGCUGGAGUUUUAUUGCAAAAAUGGGGAAGUGGUUGAUUUGAAAGAUCUGUUCUUGAGAUUGGCGUUUGAUUCUACUUGUAUGAUGGUUACUGGGUUUGAUCUUAAUAGUUUGUGCCUUGAGUUCCCUGAAAUUCCGUUCUCUAAGGCUAUGGAUGAUGUUCAAGAAGUGCUGUUUGUAAGGCAUUUGUACCCCAAAAUGUAUUGGGAGUUGAUGAAGAAGCUUGAUGUUGGUGAGGCUAAGAGGAUGAGGAAGGCUGCUGAGACGAUUGAUCAUGUUAUUGCUAAUUUGUUGGCUGUCAAAACAGAGCGCUUGAAUCGAGCUCGAGAGAUGAAGGAAGAACUCCCUGAUGGUGGUGCUGAUUUGAUCACAUGGUAUAUGAUCAACGAACACAACGAACUCGAUAUCAACGACAAGUUCUUAAGAGACACGGUCUUAAACUUCAUGAUCGCAGGCCGAGACGCGUUCAGCGUGACCCUCUCGUGGCUCUUCUACACCCUCACAAAAAACCCCAUCAUAUUAGCAAAAAUCCGAGAAGAACUCAAUAGCAUAACAAUCCCACAACAAAGAACAUUCGCCAUUGAGGAGCUCAGCAACCUAGUGUACUUGCACGGCGCCAUAUGCGAGACGCUUCGCCUCUACCCUCCAAUAGCCUUCGAGCACAAAUCUGCGGCGGAAGCCGACACCCUGCCGAGCGGCCACCACGUGAAGCCGCACACGAUGAUCCUCUUCUCGCUGUACGCAUUGGGGAGAAUGAGGUCGGUGUGGGGAGAGGACUGCGAGGAAUUCAAACCGGAGCGGUGGAUUACGGCGAAAGGGGCGAUUAAAAGAGAGCCGUCGUAUAAAUUCUUCAGCUUUAAUGCUGGGCCGAGGACUUGCUUGGGGAAAAGCGUGGCGUUUUCUCAGCUGAAGAUCGUGUCGGCUGCCAUUAUCCAUAACUUUGACAUUCAAGCUGUUGAUGAUCAUAAGGUUGUCGCUCCAGCUCCUUCUGUGAUUCUUCAUAUGAACUGUGGGUUUAGGGUUAGGGUUUGUAAGAGAUGGGCAUGAA